UUAUCUUUCCCUUACCUAGUUAUACACUAUCUCUCCUUCCUUCCUUCAUUGUGUUCUUCCAAAUUGGUAAUUUAUAAUAGUAUCAUGAGGAGUCCUUGUUGUGAUAAACAAGACAACAACAAAGGAGCUUGGUCCAUGCAAGAAGAUCAAAAGCUCAUAGACUACAUUCAAAAACACGGCGAAGGUUCUUGGCGCUUAAUACCUAAGACCGCAGGACUACUUCGUUGCGGUAAAAGUUGUAGACUUAGAUGGAUAAAUUAUCUAAGACCCGAUCUUAAAAGAGGAAAUUUUGGUGAAGAUGAAGAAGACCUCAUCAUUAAGCUACACGCACUCUUAGGAAACAGGUGGUCUUUAAUUGCUGGACGAUUGCCUGGAAGAACAGACAAUGAAGUGAAAAACUAUUGGAACACUCACAUUAGAAGGAAACUUAUAAAGAUGGGCAUUGAUCCAAACAAUCAUCGAAUGAACCAAUUAGGUUCAUUUCAUCCUCACACCUCAAAUACCAAGGAAACUAAUUCAGCUACUUCCGAAGGCAAUACGGCCCAUCUAGCUAGCACUAGUACGAGUAAUGUUGAUCAUGUCUCCGAUGGGAUAAGUUGUCUCGAGAAUGAACAACUAAGCGGUUGUCGAUCGUUGCUCCCUGAUCUGAACCUUGAUGUUGUUGAUGAAGAAGAAAUAAAAACAGUAAAGGUUGUCACAACAUUAAUGCCCAGUGAAGUUGAAUCUAGUCCAACUCCAACCCUUCCACUUUUUAGUUAAACUAGUUAUAAUAUGUAAUAGCAUUGGGUCAAAACAUUUAAUGAGUUAUUUCAAUAUAACUUAGAUUUUUGUUAUGAAUUAUCAUUGAUUUUGAUA